AUGAAGGACUUCAAGACCCGCCACGGCGACGACCCCAUCAAGUCCGGCGCCUCGACCCCCAAGAAGCCCAGCACCCCUCGUCGCGCCGCCGCGAGCACGCCCUCGAAGCGCAAGACCCCGACCUCGGCCAAGGCCAAGGCGGCGGCCAAGUCGGCCGAAUUCGUCUCCGCCGAGGACGACGACGAGACCAGCGACGAGGAGCCCCUCGCCAAGAAGAGAAAGGUCAAGGCCGAAGCGGCGGCCGCCGAGGCUGAAGCCGAAGCCGAAACGAUGCCCUCUCCCGUGAAGAAGGAGACCAGGAAGACUCGCGCUCGCAGCCAGACGGUGUGCUCAGAGAACGAGGCCUUCCAGGCUUGGCUGGAGAAGACUGGCAGUUAG